GAGGCCCAGGAGCCGUAGACAAACCGACAGCCGGACCCCCGGACCUGUAAGUGAAGUGGUGAGCUCCCGACCCGGACUCCGGAGUCGCAGUCGCAGCCAUGUUCCUGGUUAACUCGUUCUUGAAAGGCGGCGGCGGCGGCGGCGGCGGGGGAGGCGGGGGCCUGGGCGGAGGCCUAGGGAAUGUGCUUGGGGGCUUAAUCAGCGGGCCAUGCGCAUCCUGGGCGGAGUCAUUAGCGCCAUCAGCGAAGCUGCUGCGCAGUACAACCCGGAACCCCCGCCACCGCGCACUCAUUACUCCAACAUUGAGGCCAACGAGAGUGAGGAGGUCCGGCAGUUCCGGAGACUCUUUGCCCAGCUUGCUGGAGAUGACAUGGAAGUCAGUGCCACAGAACUCAUGAACAUUCUCAACAAGAUUGUGACCCGCCACCCUGAUCUGAAGACUGAUGGUUUUGGCAUUGACACGUGUCGCAGCAUGGUGGCCGUAAUGGAUAGCGACACCACAGGCAAGCUGGGCUUCGAGGAGUUCAAGUACCUGUGGAACAACAUCAAGAAGUGGCAGGCCAUAUACAAACAGUUUGAUGCUGACCGAUCAGGGACCAUCUGCAGCAGUGAACUCCCAGGGGCCUUUCAGGCAGCAGGGUUCCACCUGAAUGAUCAUCUCUACAACAUGAUCAUCCGACGCUACUCGGAUGAGGGAGGCAACAUGGAUUUUGACAACUUCAUCAGCUGCUUGGUCAGGCUGGAUGCCAUGUUCCGUGCCUUCAAAUCUCUUGACAAAGAUGGCAGUGGACAAAUCCAAGUAAACAUCCAGGAGUGGCUGCAGCUGACUAUGUAUUCCUGAACGGAAACCCCAGACCUGCCCCCUCAUCGCCUCGCUGUAGGAGUCACCUUGGACCCUUCAGUCUCUCCCAGGGCUGAUCCUGUUUGUAGUCAUGCCUUCAUGGGUUCCACUGAUUCCCAUGCCUUUUAUUCUCCCAGUCCUUGGCACCCAGCUGCUCAGUCAAGAGCAACCUGCCAUGUCCCGAGCUAUCCCUGCCUCUGAGACACCCUAACACGCUGUGCCCUAGGGUCACCCCACUGUACCACGCCCUCCUCAUAUCCACUCCAUAACCUCUGCUAUACCUGCGCCAAGUCCAACCCUUGUGUUGCUUCCAUGCCCCAAAGGCCCUGUCUCAGUUCUGGGAGGAUCACUCCAGUUCCUGCACACCCUGGCACACCCAGUCACAGUUGACACCCAGGCAGCCGAACUCUAGGCCAUUGAAGGCCUGCUUGCCCAGUGCCUUCGUAUUCUGCUCCCUGCCUGCCAGGCCCAGGAGAAAAUAAAUGCACCCCAGUUGCUGCUCUCUAUA